AUGUCAAAAGCUAUCAAAGGAACGAUUCUCUGUUUGCAUGGUUAUGCCCAAAACGGUCCAACAUUUUCAGCUAAAGCCUCAGGUAUCAGAAAAGCUUUGAAGAAAAUUGGAUACCACACUGUCUUCGUUCAAGGAUCUCUCAAGAUUCAAAAAGCUGAUUUGCCAUUUGAGGUCCCCCCAAGCGAAAAUGCCGAGGAAGAAUUUGAUUACCGUGGAUGGUGGCAACCCAAUGAUGACUAUGACCUCCAACCGGCUCUAGAUGCAGUCAAGAAUUACUACAAAGAACACGGACCGUUCAUUGGUAUCAUGGGAUUCUCUCAAGGUGCCGGCUUGGCCGCUGUUGUGUGUAGUAAAUAUGCCGAAAUUAUUGGACAACCAAAGGCUAGCGAGGAGCUCAAAUUUGCAAUUUUCUAUGCCGGAUUCAAGCUCAAGCCUCAGCAAUACCAAAAAUACUACGAGAACAAAAUCAAGCUUCCGACCCUUCAUAUUUUUGGAGAACUUGAUACUGUGGUUUCUCCUGACAGAGCCGAGGCCCUUGUUGAAAGCUGCGAAAAUGCUACUGUCUUGAAACAUCCUGGAGGACAUUUUGUUCCAAGUACGAAGGAUUUAAUUAGAAAAGAAAUUGCCUGGGUGGAGAACGUCUUGAGUGAGUCUAAAGAAAAUUCUGACUCUAAGAAGGACGAGGACAAAGAACUCGAGAAGUUGAGUGAAGAGAUUGGAAAGAUGGGUGUUGCAUAA